AUGUUUCUGGUUCUAUUGCUCUGUCCUUUUCUCCACGCUCCUCCAAGGUUUAACCGGACCAAUCAAAGCGCUGUGGCUAGUGAUGUCACGUUUUUGCAACCACCCUCUGGAGUGAUUCGUCGAGCGUGGCGCAGCAGCGCAAAGCCUCCUCGGCAAUCGGUACUACCUAUUGCCGACGCCCGGUGGAUCCCUCCAGAGGGUAUGGCUCCAUCAUGUGAUAUAACUACGUGA